GAGGAACAGGAGUUUUUGUGAAUCACACAAGAAUAACGGGAGAGAAAGGAAGAAGAUUCGGAUCAUGGAGGUUCGCGCCCGCGCGCCUGGCAAGAUCAUCCUCGCCGGCGAGCACGCCGUCGUCCAUGGCUCCGCCGCCGUCGCCGCCGCCAUCGAUCUCUACACGCACUCUUCGCUCCAACUCCACCCCGCAGGGGAGGGCGGCGCCGGCGAGGUGGUGGUGGACCUGAGGGACUUGGACCUCUCCUUCUCCUGGCCAUGCUCGCGCCUUCGCGAGGCGCUGGGGGAGAGCUGCCGCAAGGCGGAGCUGCAGGCUCCGAGGCCGUGCUCCUCGGAAGAGCUGGCUUCCAUUGCCAAGCUCGUGGAGCUACAUGAGCUCCCCGAGGCCAAGAUCUGGCUCUCGGCCGGCCUCUCCGCCUGUCUCUUCCUCUACACCUCAAUCUUGGGGUGUAGGCCUGGGAAGGUCGUGGUCACCUCAGACCUGCCAAUGGGCGCGGGGCUUGGGUCAUCGGCGGCGUUCUCGGUGUCGCUGUCUGGGGCGCUGUUGACGGCGGCAGGUGCGAUUUGUGCAGAAGGCGCCAACUGCGGAACAGAGUGGGAGUCAUUCGGAAAAGAUGAUCUUGAGCUGGUUAACCUGUGGGCGUUCCAGGGGGAAAAGAUUAUUCAUGGCAAACCUUCUGGCAUCGAUAAUGCCGUCAGCACUUACGGAAGCAUGAUCAAAUUCAAGAAGGGGGGAUUGACAAAUCUUAAAUCUGGGAACCCAGUCAAAAUGCUCAUUACUGAUACAAGGGUUGGUAGGAACACAAAGGCUCUGGUAGCUGGUGUGUCUGAAAGAGCAUCUAGGCAUCCCGAUACUAUGGCUUCUGUCUUCAAUGCAGUGAACUCUAUUAGUGAAGAGCUUUCAAGCAUUGUAGAGUUAGCAGCUAAUGAUGAGAUAGCCAUCACCUCAAAGGAGGAAAAGUUAGCAGAACUCAUGGAGAUGAACCAAGGUUUGCUCAAGUGUAUGGGAGUCAGUCAUUCUUCUAUCGAAACUGUGCUGCGAGCAACAUUGAAAUAUAACUUGGUCUCGAAGCUGACCGGAGCUGGUGGUGGGGGCUGUGUUUUGACUUUGAUACCAAAUAUAUUGUCCAACUUAGUUUUGGAGAAAGUCACUGCAGAGCUAGAAUUGCACGGUUUUCGCUGCUUUAAAGUUCAAGUUGGCGGACAAGGUUUUCAAUUGUGCCGAGGAUAAAGAUCCUGUUUCGGUGGAGAUGUUGUACAAUACUCUUAGGUUUGUUAACCUUUUGAGAUCACAGCAUUCUUAUUUUAUGCCUAGCAGAUCACCUGUAUCCAAUAAUAAGCCUUCUGCUGCUUGGUUUCUGUACCAAAUAAAACUUUUGUAAUUAAAUGCGGUAGUGAUUUUGCGAUCAUACCAGGCAUCUUUGUACCAAACAUGAGCUUCUGUUUGAAGUUCAGUUGUGAUUUAAGAAAGCUUCGUGCAGUUUAUUCAGGUCCCA